AUGAGAUCAGAUGCCAUGGAGGAGAUAGCAUCCCCUGUCAACCGAAAUCUACACAAUAACAAUAUAUCCACAAUAGAGGAUAAUGCAUUCAGGGAUUUGACAAACAUAAAUAGACUACGUCUUGAUAACAACAGGAUAUCCUCCAUAAAAAACAUCACAAUAAGCGGGUUGACAAAUCUACGAGAACUGAGAAUACAGGAUAAUCCUUUUCACUGCGAUUGCGAGUUAAUAGGCCUGGUCGAUUUCCUAAAAUCUGGACGUGUCACCGUGUCUGGAGAUCCACGUUGCUUCACUCCUGAGAACUUAAACGGGGCUUCACUGGUCAGUCUAUCAGCUGCAAACUUGACCUGUCCGGACACGACAACUAUGGACACCACAACAAUGGACACCACAUCAAUGGACACCACAACUAUGGACACCACAACUAUGGACACCACAACUGAUGAAACCAAUUCUUCACCUUUGAAAGAAGGGAACGUUCUGGUUAUAGUAUACCUGUUUUUAUGUUUGCUUGUUAAAUCCAUGAUGGACUUUUAGAAUACAGGAAAAAAAUAAAUACAGAUAUUGAAUUCAAAACAAUUCGAAAGAAAAUGCUAAAAAUGACUUAAAAUUAAUGAAAACAGUGGAAAAACUAUUUAUUCCAUUGAAAUAUUAGUGAAUUUCCUGGAUAUACUAAUAUUUCCCGGGAAAUAGUGGGAAAUAGGAGAGAGCAAGACAUAACUAUAAAGUCUAUCAUAUUUGGUUGGGUAUAGAUCUGUAGGACAUUAAAGGAUAAGAUUACAACCUGGUAUAACUGUUUUUGAUUUUAAAAUUAGGUUAAUCCUUUAGUUUUU